AUGUCGGUCAAUGCACAAGUGCAUCUGGAUAAAAAUGAAAAUAAUAAAAAGAGCGAUAAAACGUUAAAACCUUUAUUCCCAAAACAAGCAGAGUGUUCAUAUGUGUCUUGUUACUGUGAAGAGAAUGUUUGGAAACUAUGUCAGGACGUAUCAAUACGGAUUCCGGGAGAGCUGGAUAGGUGUUAUGUUGUGUUUAUUUCUAACCCUUGCCGCACCGUGCCCUUGUGGAAACAAAGGGCAGGGCGUGAGGAGGACCGUCUAGUCAUAUGGGACUAUCAUGUUAUAUUUCUGUACUCAGUGGAUUGCAAGACUUGUCUAGUUUAUGACUUGGAUUCUGAACUUCCAUUUCCUACUUUCUUUCACAAAUAUGUGACAGAAACCUUUCGUACUGAUCAAGUUCUAAAAUCAGACUUCCACAGAUUCUUCCGUGUAGUUCCUGCAAAACAAUUCCUGCAACAUUUCGCUUCUGAUAGGCGCCACAUGAAAAGGCCCGAUGGCUCAUGGAUCAAACCUCCCCCUCCGUAUCCUGCCGUCUGUACUUCAAAACUGUCGGGACUUUAAACCGCGUCAUCUCACUCGUAUCGUCGUAAUGGCUGGCGUAAGUGCUUUAUCCAAUUAAUAUUCGGUGUCAAUAAUCUAAUUAAAAUAUUCGUUCCUUGUUGACUCUAUAAUUUGAGAUUUGGAUUAGAUUGAUUAUUAAACUCGGGCGUAAGGCACGGUACUUCGUUUGUUUUGAUUAAGAUAUGCCAACAUUGGUCUAUGAAUCCCACAAUUAACUAAGAGAUUGCAAGCGCCAUGUAGUAGAAAAUACUGCAGUUUCAAUCUACUUUGAAAGGUCCAUCAUGUUGCAAGAAUACACUUUAAACGACGACUUUGUUAACGUUUUUUUUUAAUAUAACAGUUUUAAAUUUAACUAAGCUUGAAAAAGGGAUCGCCAUAAACCCGGUAUAAUAUUUUACGUGUUUUAUAAAAGUUUAUCCUUUUAAUUUAGUUAAUUAUUGAUAAGCGGCUCUACAAAAUAAUAUCAGACACGCAAUCGUUGACUACAAAGCUUAAUUGUACCUACAAGCUUUUAAAAUGUUUGCGUGUCGGUCCGCGAGGAAAUAAUAAUGGGUUACAAACAAACGCAAUCCAAAUCGCCUCUAAGGAUGUAUAAAAAUUUAACGUGACCUUAGUUUACAAAUAAGGAAAGUUAUCAUCCAGAAGUAGGUCAAAUCGCAGUUGAUUUUAGUUCAAGGUACAUUUUGCUUUUAUUAACGAAAAGUUUAUAUCUUGUGCCGAAAUACCCUAUGCAGCCAGGCACAUAAAUAGCUAUUCAAGGUAUGUUCUAUCCUUUUUUUUUUUAUUUUUUCGUGGGGAAAUCCUCAUGGAUACCACAACACUACGGGGAGAUGCAGUGGUUAUGCCGGACUCUUACCGACUAAAACCCCACGGUGUUCUAACUCAUCGCCUGGUGACUGGGUCAUGGGAACGCUUUCGCACACAACCGCAAAGGUAUGUUCUAUCCUAGCCCAACUCUGCUUUGUAUCAACAAUUCGGAAUCUUUGAUAGUUACUAGGCAAUCGUCCUAGGGUGUUCCUAGACUCAAUAAUAUGCUCAAUUCUUAUCCUGCAAUAGAUUAUAUUGUUUAACAUGCCAGAACACAGAAAAUUAUGCCAGACGCAGAACAGAAAAUUUAAUCCCGAAUUUUUUUUCUGUUCGCAGUGUCUGUGUGAGACUCUUUGCAUCUAUGUCUAUUUAUUUGAUCGCGUGAAAGUUAACUACAAUUUUGUAUGGAAUUGAUAGAGCGCCAUCUAGUUAGAAUACAGGGAAGAAGUAUUGUCACUAGAUGGCGCUCUUUCGAGUCCGCGCGUUCCUACGUUAACUUUGAUGCGAUCGAAUACUGUUCUACUCUUAAUAUAUACCUACGUGGACUUGCUAACGUGAAGUAACGUGUUUUCAAGAAAUAAAACUAUAUUUAAAUGUUGUUUCUUGAAGAAAAUAUUUUUUUAAAGUGGAUUAUAAACGGCUUUAAAUACAAUUUGUUCCAACUUACCUAGUAUGCAAAAAGCCAAAUUAGGUUUCUUUCCAGCGAAAAAGAGUUUUAAUAUAUUCGCGUUUUGUCGGUGGUGAUUCGUGCAACCUUAUUUUACUCGAGUACUUACUGAAAAACAUUAGAUUCAUAUCAGUUCGCGUGUCAUAAAUCACUAAGCACGAACUUAUUUGUACUAUUUUUAUCCGCGGUUUUGCCUGUUUAUUCAAAUGUCAUCUAUUCAACCGAUUGACGUCCACUGCUGGACAUAGGCCUUUUGUUGGGAGUUUCAGAAUUCGCGGUCCUGGCCCGCUUGUUUCCAUCGUCUUCCUGCGACUCGUUUGGUGUCGUCUGUCCACCUCAUUGGGGGCCGACCAACGCUGCGUUUGCCUGUGCUUGGUCGCCAUUCCAGCACCUUAGGGCUCCAACGUACAUCGGUGAUCCGAGCUAUGUGCUCCGCCCAUUACCACUUCAGCUUUGCAACUCGUUGGUAACUCUAGUUCUUCUAUGGAUCUCCUCAUUUCUGAUUUUUACUCCUAAUAUAUAGAUAGCCCUCUCUAUCGCUCACUGAGUGACUUUGAGCCUUCUAAUAAGGUCCAGAGCAAUGUACAGUUAUUUACAUUUAUCAUGAGUAAAGUAAAAUUCAAGUGCUCUGCCGUUUUGUAGUGCUUUUUACAUUUAAGGGAUAAUAAAUACCCCUACGGACAACAGGCUCUGCGAGAGCCUUGUUAAAUAAUAGUAUGCAGGAAUGUUUACGGAUCAAUUUAAAACGAGGCUUUAAAGUCUGUUUUACUCCCGACAGUUCAACAACAACGGCGAUAUAAAAUGUAAAUUCAUGAAUUCGUAAUAGAAAUCAUCACUCUUCUAUUUAAUAUAAUCUUACUAUUAGUUGCAAUCACACCUAAUUGUAAGAUGAUGAAGGCCUAGCAAGUUCACUCUUGAUUGAAAUGCGUUACGUAGACGUUAUAGGAGGCCGGUAUAACGGAAUCCAGAAGGGCAUACCAAUGAUUAAUUGAAAUGCCUAUUAAAAACGCGACAGCAAAGUACUUCCGCUUUGUAUCUUAUUGUAUUAUUAUUGAUAAAAAUACGUAGACAUUAUAUAGCCGUAAUAUUGAAACAGACGAUUUUUUGACAACUUACUAAAACUGAGUUUUAGACUUCUGCAAAAAGAGCUCAUCUUCCUAUCAUGCUCGUUUCUUGCUAUCUCUCCGUUUCUCGAAAACGGAAUCAGAACAGCUAGAGCUCUUUUUGCAGAAGUUGGAAACCCAGCUUUAGCAGUAUGUUCAUAAGUCGCCUUUUUCGUUAUCGCAGUCGUCCUAUAUAUCUACAUGUUUGUGCCGAAUGUAAUAUCGUAUUUUAAAAUGGUACUGUUAUGUUUUGUGUACCUUAAGUGAUAUAAGUACCUAUAUUUAUUAUAUUUAAGUGAUUUUAUUGUAGUGUAUUAUGAUCGCGAGGUAGCUUUUGUAUGUUGUUAAAUCUAUUUAAAGUUUUUUAUCAACUUUUAUACACUCUUUUACCUUCCCUAAGCACCCUUAGAAUUAUUAAUGUAUCUAAUGGAUACUAUGAAUGUUGCAUUUUGUUUUUAACCAAAUAGUAAAUUAUAUAUUGGUUUACGAAAGUUACUAAGUCAUUAGUCAUUAGUCUCGUCACAUAUAAUGGUCACAUAGAUAAAAUGCGUUUAUGCUUAUUGGUCUUAAUUUGUUUGUAAACUGACUAAAUUGAAGCUCGUAUUGCUUGAAGUGUACUGCAACAAUUUUCCGCGGGAAACAAAUGUUCCGAAAAACUGCGAAUGCUUUCGAGUGGUAGCUUCUAGAACGCUCGUUCGCCCCUGAGUUAAUGACAAUAGCGAUUUCUAUCAUAUACGCAACGACAUUUAAAUUCCGUGAUACCAAGGAAUUUAUUUUUUCUUUUAACUAAACGGCUGCAGCGCAUAUAUCUUGUUAUGGGGUAAAGCAGCUGAUAUCGAAACUAUAUUUAUAUUGCA